ACCAACACUUUGAUUCUUACUGGCUUCUCCAGGGAGGAAAUAGAGGACGACGAGCUAAUUGGCUUCUUGCAGCAGCAGAUCAUCGACAACUCUCCCAAUGACGAGCUCUUGAAGUUCACUGUUUUGAAGAGUCUCCAGCGAAUUCUCAUCUUCUUUGAGGAAAUAGACACUGCUUCGUUGCUCUACAAAAUAUUGAAGAAGUGCGACUUCAAGGUCUACUACUCGCCUACCAACAACUACGACGAGCUCUUUGUUGACCCCAAAAACCCUAGCAGCUACUACAACAAUCUUGAUGAGUAUCUCAGACUCCCAAACACUGGCACACAAUUCAUUAUAAGUCCUCCUCCUUCACCUCCUCCAGGAUGGGUUCAUAGAAACGAAGACGACCCCAACCAUGAAAUCAUCAACAACCCCGAAGAAUUGAAGGAUUUGUUGUUCCAAAGAUUGGACGAU